AUGGGAACUCCUUCUCUGGGCUGGUCCAUAUGGAGGGAGAAGAACAAGGACAUAGACCUGACCCACGCCCUGCAGGUGCUGGUCUCCAAGGAGACACUGAACGUGUCCGGCGCCGAUCAGGACCCCCCCACGGCCGUCUGCCAGCUGAAGAAGAAACUGAGCGCGGCCCCUGGCGAGGCGGAGACGGGCAGGGCGUUUAACCGUUAUGACGAGCGCCUCCUAGAGGACUUUGCGGUGUACUGCGGCCUGGCCCUGCAGACCGUCCAGACUGUCCAACGGAUAGAGUACCAACGAGCCAGCCAGGAUGUCACCCAGGAGGUUCUGUCCUACCACCUUACUGCAGCUCAAGAGGAAAUCCGAGCGUUGCAGGAAGCUGAAAUCCCCUCUGCCCAAUCACUGUGCAUCCUGGACUUCAGCUUCUCUGAUUUCGGCCUAUCAGAGGACUCCACGGCUCAGGCCACAGUCAGAAUGUUCCUGGAUCUCAACCUGGUGCAGGACUUCAACAUCGCCUACAAGUGUCUUUGUCAGUGGGUUCUGAGUGUGAGGCGUGGUUACCGUAGCAAUGUGCCCUAUCACAACUGGAGUCACGGCCUCAGCACCGCUCAGUGUAUGUUCGCCAUUGUGAUGUCUACAGACCAGCUACAGUCUAAUUUCUCUCGUCUGGAGGUGUUGGCUCUGAUGAUAGCCACUCUGAACCACGACCUGGAUCACAGAGGAGUCAGUAACUCCUACAUAGAGAGGACUCAGCAGCCUCUAGCCCAGCUGUAUGGAACCUCCUCUCUGGAGCAUCAUCACUAUGACAUGUGCCUCUUCAUCCUCAACAACCCGGGCAGUCAGAUCCUCAGUGGUCUGUGUCCUGAUGACUACAGGACAGUGUUACCCAUGAUAGAGAAAGCCAUCCUGGCCACGGACCUGGCUGUCUAUAUGGAGAGGAGGGCAGAGUUCUUUGAACUGGGUCAGAGAGGAAUGAGGUGGGAGGAGGACAGGCACAGAGACUUACUAAGGUCAAUGCUGAUGACAGCCAGCGAUAUUGCUGCCAUUACAAAGCCUUGGCAUAUUCAGAAGAGGACAGCUAAGCUGGUGGCAUCUGAGUUUUUUGCCCAAGGAGACCGAGAGAAGGAAGAGUUCAACAUCAAACCUGCUGACAUGAUGAACAGAGACAACAGCACUCGACUACCUCACAUGCAGGUCAACUACAUCGAUGGGAUGUGCCAUCCCUUAUACCAGCAACCAUGA